AUGCCUCCUAGACGCCGGACUCGUGGGGAGACCCCUCCCAUUCCAGGAGAUGAGCAUACUCCUGGAGGAAUAGCGGAAGCGUUGGGACGUAUUGUGCAGCAGUUGACUGCAACGCUUCCGGGCUCCAGAACUGACUUUACCAUGGAGCGAGCGAAGAGGCAUGGAGCUUAUAGCUUCUCUCAUGCUCCUGAUGCUAUGGAUGCCCAGAAUUGGUUGAAUAAAAUGGAGAGGGUCUUCACUCAAAUCCAUUGCCCAGAGGAUCGAAAAGUGGGUUUAGCGGUGGAUUUUCUGGAUGGUGUGGCUUUUGAUUGGUGGUCUUAUAUGAGCAGGGAUUUAGAGAUUGAUGGCCUAAUCACUUGGGAACAGUUCAAAGAGCACUUUAGUGAGAGAUAUUUUGGCACAGCUAUCCGGGAUAGGAUGAAAUAUGAGUUCUUGCAUCUACAGAAAGGGGACAUGACCGUGACAGAGUUUGAGCAGCGGUUCACCCAGCUAGCCCAGUUUGUGCCUGAUAUGGUUAGCACUGAGAGGGAGCGGAUUUAUAGGUUUGUUGAUGCUUUGGGGGGUAAUUAUUCCGAGCAGCUGACAGGAGUGCCAUUUAGUGAUUAUGCUGAGGUUGUUAAUGCUGCUUUAAGACUUGAGACUAGGUAUAUGUCUGGUGUCCGACCUCGAGAUUUGGGUGGCCCCAGUCAGGGCCCACCCAAGAAGGCUGCUUCUACCUCUGGGUCAGGAUCUUCAGCAGGCAGCGGACAGAGCAGUGGGUCUGGUGCUGGAUCUCAUUAUAGACGCGGGGGCGUAUCAGGAGAUUCCCUCGGGGGCAGUUUAGUGGACGCCCGUUUGGGCAGAGCAGGGUUGGUUUUAGUGGUCAGCACAGGGCUCCAGCUAGACAGCUAG